AUAAUUAUCCAAUUGAGAUUCAUAACUCUGUCACUGGUAGCUGCGUGCCCAUCGUACGUGGACCAUUUGUAUUUUAGGCUGUAGGGUCAGGCGGAUCUGAUCCCUGAGCUUUACUUUUCCAAUAGUGAGCAGAAGUUGUUCUUUGAAUGCUCGAUCAAAUGACCAGAUGCAGAUUUUUCUCGUUGUUGCUGUUAGCAGCUUUGGUGGUGAGUGCGAAUGCAGCAAAGGGUGGAGGCUCUCGCGGGGCUGGUAGAAAUCGUGGCGGAAGAAGAAUGUACGGAUCUUUGACUAUACCUAUGCCACAUCGAAAUUCUGCAAGUGCUCGCUAUUACGAGAACAAAGAUGGUGCAAAAAUUGUCAAGGCUUCUCAUUUCGAAUUGGAUUAUAUGUUAGGAAGAAAGAUCACUUUCUUCUGCAUGGCCACGGGAUAUCCAAGGCCUGAGAUUACCUGGCUCAAAGAUGGUAUAGAACUUUACCAUCACAAGUUUUUCCAAAGCACGAUGCGAUACGCUACAUUUUUGAUUAUUUUGUUGACCAUGUUAUUGUUAAAUUCACGCGAGAGUUUUGGUAGAAGAGGUCGAGCCAGACCUAGAAGUAAGUCUCGCGUACAGAUAGGUCUACCUAUCACUGGAAAGUAUCGUGAUACAGAGAGUGAUCAGUAUUACAAUAACGAUAAUGGAGCCAAGAUAUUACUAGCCUCUCAUUUUGAUUUAGAGUACGUAUUGGGACACAAAAUAGCUUUCUUGUGUGUUGCACGUGGUAAACCGAGACCGCAUAUUACAUGGUUCAAAGAUGGAACCGAGAUUUACAGUCACCUUUAUCUGCACGUACACGAAUGGCAAGUGGGUUCCGAUAAGGUCAAAUCUAAACUCGAGAUCGAUCCUGCUACUCAGAUGGAUGCAGGUGUCUAUGAAUGUACCGCCGAUAAUAUGUACAGCAUUGAUCGGAGAUCAUUCAAGACUGAUUUCUCCAUCGCUUUCGAUUAAAAUUGAACGUAACGCUCUGAAGAGGUAACCAUAGGUUGACUUUUUAUUAGAUGAAAAACAUGCCAAAGUGAUUAACGCGAGACGCAACAAAUAAAUCUAGCGUGUUAUAUAUGAAGACGUAAUAAAAGAAAAAAAAAAAAGAAAAUAAAUAAGAAUUUAAUCUA